CCGCCUCCUCUAGUCCUUCUGUUAGGUGGGCCAGACCUUUCCGUCUGAGGCCAUCUCUAGGCCUUGUACAGAGUGAAACGAAAGAAAAGGCUUCCCCACCCUGUUGGGAGAACUAAAAGCCGGGUGGAAGGUCCGGACACAUCCGCAUACUCAGAUUGUCGAGAAAGUGUUAUUGCAGGAAGUUAAGAAGGAAAUAAUGUGCUUUAUCUGAGAAGGGGAGUAGAGGGAGCGCCGUUUUAUUCCCUUUAGGUCGCCAUGUAUAAAGUCAGCAGCCUCCAUUUCAGUUUGAAGUAGAACUCCUGCACAUAGAAGAUCUUUAAUUUGAAAAAGAAGAUGAAACAUCCAAACAUCUAAAGAGUUGAAUGACCUGGCACGUGACCCCCCAGCGCAGUGUUCAGCAGGUCCUGUUGGAGAUGAUAUGUUCCAUUGGCAAGCUACAAUAAUGGGGCCAAAUGAUAGUCCCUAUCAGGGUGGAGUAUUUUUCUUGACAAUUCAUUUCCCAACAGAUUAUCCCUUCAAACCACCUAAGGUUGCAUUUACAACAAGAAUUUACCAUCCAAAUAUAAACAGUAAUGGCAGCAUUUGUCUUGAUAUUCUACGGUCACAGUGGUCGCCAGCACUAACUAUUUCAAAAGUACUCUUGUCCAUCUGUUCUCUGUUGUGUGAUCCCAAUCCAGAUGAUCCUUUAGUGCCUGAGAUUGCACGGAUCUACAAAACAGAUAGAGAAAAGUACAACAGAAUAGCUCGGGAAUGGACUCAGAAGUAUGCGAUGUAAUUAAAGAAAUUAUUGGAUAACCUCUACAAAUAAAGAUAGGGGAACUCUGAAAGAGAAAGUCCUUUUGAUUUCCAUUUGACUGCUUUCUAUGAGCCCACGCCUCAUCUUCCCCUGUGCACAUGUUUACCUGAUACAGCAGUGCUGCGUGUUGUACAUACUUGGAACAACAAAAUAGAAAUACUGUAUUUCCCGUACCAACAUUGACUCCUAGCAAAGAAGUGUGUGUGUGAAAAGCCAGUUCUUCAGUCAUAACCUAGUUGUGAGACUAAAAGCUUUCCUUAUUGACUUAAUUGGAUAAACAAUGCAAGGGCAGGGGUGGGUGUUGUGUGGUUUGGGGUGGGGGAGGACAGUUAUACUGACCUGUGGGAGAAUUUUUUAAAAAGCGGAAUCCUUUUAAACUCAUAACAGUUAUGAAAAGCAAGGUGAAGAACGUCAAGCUGUUUCUGUAUUCAUUUUAUUCUGAAGGACCUACAUCUUAGGUAAAUGUUUCGACCAACAAGAUUAAACUAUACCCACAUCCUGUAUUUUAAGGUCUAAGUUUAACUGGUCAACAUUUAAAUGGAUUGGAGCUAUUAGUACAUAAAGUGAUGGGUGUUUUUUUUUUCCAGCUCUUCUCCAUCACCCCCUUCUCCCCUCAAUACUUUUUGGUUUGUAUGUGGUUUCUCAGUUAAUACAUAGCUAAUAGCUCUUAAUUUUUCUUAUGUUUUUUAACUGCUUAGGUCUAUCUGGAUGUAAGGGUAAAAAUUCAUUUGACAGAAAUACUUGUGUAUAUUUAAAGACCCAAUUGCUCCUCUGGAGCUUGUACGUUCAAGAAUGAUUAAUCUGUGUAAUAAACUGAUUACUACAGUCAUUACAUAUAA